AAAAUUUACCUGCCUACUUAGAUAGGGAUCAGUAUUUUAUUCCAUUUUUCUAAACGUAUUGGAAUCAUGGAAUAGUUUAUUAAAAUAAAUGAAACUAUUCGCUUGAUAAUAUAAUAAUACAGUGGUCAAAUAUACUUUGCAGUAAACAAUGCCGGAGCAUCUGGAAUUGCAGCAUCUCGUAGAUCUAUCAGCUGGAAGCGGAGAUGAGACGAUACCUAACUUACUCGAGAACAAACGGCCACUUAUAAAACGAUGCCCAUACUUGGGACUUAUACUUGCGACACUAUCAUCUUUAUUCUUUUCUCUGUGCUCCGUGAUCGUCAAAAGCCUCGACAAAAUCGAUCCUAUGCAGUUGGCUAUGUUUAGGUUCAUUGGAGUUCUCUUGCCAACAAUACCAAUAGUUAUUUACACAGAACAGCCAGUAUUUCCACCAGGAAAGCGUGUUCUGCUGGUCUUACGCUCAAUAGUGGGAACCGUGGGGCUGAUGUUAAGUUUUUACGCAUUUCGCAACAUGCCACUUGCAGAUGCAUCAGUUAUUGUAUUCUCUGUGCCAGUAUUUGUAGCGUUGUUUGCGAGAGUCUUUUUAAAAGAACCAUGCGGUAUGUGGAAUACUGUCUCGAUAGUAUUGACUCUUAUUGGAGUGGUUUUGAUUACACAUCCACCGUUACUUUUUGGCAGUGACAGUUCUUCAGAUAGUUAUCAGAACUACAACAGUUUGAGAGGUGCUAUAGCAGCAUUUAUUUCUACAAUAUUUGGAGCCAAUGCAUAUGUUUUAUUACGAGUGCUCAAAGGACUGCAUUUCUCUGUAAUCAUGACAAAUUUUGGUGCUAUAGCAAUAUUGCAGACAUUGUUUUAUUCUUUUAUCUUUGGGGUCCUGUGCAUGCCGAAUUGCGGUACAGAGAGAUUCCUAGUUGUCUGUUUGGCUCUAUUUAGCUAUUUGGGACAGAUUUUGUUGACAAUGUCUCUGCAAAUGGAACAGGCCGGUCCUGUGGCUAUUGCGAGAUCUGCAGACAUAGUGUUUGCAUUCCUCUGGCAAGUUAUGUUUUUCAAUGAGAUACCGAGUAAAUUUUCUGUAUGUGGAGCCAUAUUAGUACUUAGUUCUGUACUGCUUGUAGGAUUACGUAAGUGGGCUUUAGCACUGCCAGCCGAAUCACAACUACGAAGUAAAUUAGGAGUAUUAGCUCAAUAAGUACUGUAUUAUAAAUAGAUAAUUUGUAAUCACACAGUGUACCUUAUCCCAAUUGACGUAUUUUUGUGUUGGAACUCAGCUUCACUCAGUUAAGUUAUGCUUAGGUAGGAGCAUAGAUAUACUCUAUACCCCUGUUUUUAAGUAAGUAGUUACUUUUAAAAAGGUAAACAUACUUGACAUGUUUUUUUAUUGAAAUCUAUCUUCUAUAUCUUUGCACAUUCCCAAUGGGAAUGGGCAAAAAUUUACUAUAACUCACAACAUUAAUCACAUAUUUAUGUAAUUAUUUCAUGUAUUUUUUUAUAUGUUAGUGAAAAAUAUGAAUUAGCUACAACAAAGUCCAGUGAUAGUGUAUUAUACUUGAUAAAUAGUUACAUGAUUUGGGGCCUAUUUUACCACCUUCUGAUAAAAUAUAUUUUAAUCUAACAGAUAAAUUAACUGGUCAGAUAUAUCUUCCUUAUAUGAUUGGCCAGGUUGCCCUAUUUAUCACUUAUGAAACACAAUUUUUUACUCUAUGUGGAUCUUAUUUACAUUAUUUACAAAAUAGGUUAUCAGAUACUUUAUCGGCAAGCGAUGAAACAAGCCCUCAGUCACAUAAUAGGGUAGUGGCCUGUGUAUAAAAUGUAUAAAUACCGUUACAAAUGAGCACCAUAAUUAAGUGUCACUUUAAUUGAUCAAUUUUAUUUAUAGUGACAUUUAGAUUUUUUGUUCUCAUCAAAAUAUAAUUGAAACACGUUGACUCCAACAUUUGUGACGUCACUUGUUCCUUUGUGACGUCACUUGUUACUUUGUGACGUCACUUGUUCCUUUGUGACGUCACUUGUUACUUUGUGACGUCACUUGUUCCUUUGUGACGUCACUUGUUCCCACUGUCAUAAUUUAGAUAGUCAUAUUUACAUAGCCCCAUUUUUUUUGUUUGUGACAUAUGGAAAAAAGUAUCAGAUUUCACUUGAUGGCAACUACCCUAUUUUUUGACGACCUCGGUGGCGCAGUGGUAAAGUGCUUGCCUCUGAACUGAGAGGUCCCGUGUUCGAUCCCUGGUCGGGUCAUGAUGGAAAAUGAUCUUUUUCUGAUUGGCCUGGAUCUUGGAUGUUUAUUUACGUAUGUAUAUGUUAUAAAAUAUAGUAUCGUUGAGUUAGUAUCCCAUAACACAAGUUUCGAACUUACUUUGGGACUAUCUUAAUCUGUGUGAUUUGUCCUAAUAUAUUUAUUUAUUUUAUUUUACUCUCAUGCUGGCUUAUUGUUGUUAUCUAGUUUAAUACUCCCUUUUAGUAUAAGACAACAUACACAAUAACUAUUUAUACAUUGUAUUUAAGGACCUUUCACACUAUAAGACUGUUAACUAAGUCCUCAUGUGUUGUGUAAAUACUUCUCAUUUUCUCUCUCGAUUUCACUUUGGUCCGUUUUAAGCUUGGAACACAAGUGUUUCUGCCAAAAAUCUCAUGGCUUAUCAUUUAAAUAUAGGUUAUUUAUUGAAUGUAAUGUAGAUAUGUUAAGUUUGAUUAGUGUUUGGCUGCAGUUUAUUUAUAUUCUAAGCUAAUUUAUUAAUGUGUUCAAAUUACAUAUCGUUAAGUUUACUAUUAUUUUUAAAUGUUGCAAAUUUUAACUUAUUUAUAGUUGUUAUGUCCAUCGCAAAGACAAUUUACCUACCUACUACUAGUACAAAGGACCGCAUAUGAAAUUACUCAAAAUAGAUAUUUAUGUCGCGGUAAUAGUGGCGAAUUUGCAAUGAAUUUGGUGUGCUGUUGACCGUACGUCCAGUCCAGUGGAGUCGUCUAAAUCACGUAAACUUUUAUAAUUUCUUUAAAUUUAGUCGAUUUUAUGCUCCUACUAUUUACAUAUCGAAAAUGUAAAUUAUUUUAAUCAUUGUUAAAGUAUGUAUAUCUAGUCAUAAGCAUUAAGUAGUCACCUUUAUACGCCAUUGUCACAAUUAAUUAAAUCGCUAUUUUGUUAAACGACCAUGACUUGUCACCUAGAUUUAGGUUUCUCUGUUGACAAAUAAUUUGUUAUACUAUUAAAUAAAUGCCUAUUUAAUUAGCUGACGGUUUUCGCGCGGUAAAAUUACGUGUCCACGGGCACUUUUUUAUGUUAUAUUGUAAAUUAAAUCAUAUUCACCAACGCUUCAUACAAUGAUAUUAUUGAACUAACUCGCGUGUUCAGGCCGGCUAAGUACGUUGUUAUUAUAGUGACUACCUAUAACCGCAUCGACAAGACUUCUUUUGGUGGUCCGCGGCAACAACAAUGUGGCCUAUCUGUUAAUGAUAGUUCCUCAUAUUGCCACGGGCCUAUAGAGGUAUGGUAUCUUAUCUAGGCAAUAUGCCAGGCAUUAAAAAUAUUUCCUACUCGUUCCAACUGAAAAUAUUUACCUGCUACUGCUCUUCACGUAAAGCCUACAUACACUAUCGGCAAUCAGAUCGCCAAACUCGGCGGUUUCGACGUACAUUUCUGGUUUAUCCUUACCUUGCCUUUGUAAAAAGAAAGUUCACAUACCUACAAUACAAACUAUAAAUACGUACCUACGUUCAUUCGUAUCUGCAUCUAAUUCGUUAGCGCGCACUUCGAUUACAGAAUCAAUGCAUGAUAGGUACUCUUUUUGUCACAACGGGUGGUUCGCAGAGCGUUUCGACCGCUGCGGUCGCGCUGUCAUUACAAUCCGUCAAUUUUCUUGAGGAAGGAAUCAUUUCCAAAAUCAUUCAUACUACAGUACAGAGUAAUUAAUGUACAGUCAUAUAGUAAAACUCAUUCUUGUCUUUGUUAAAAUUUGAAAAAUUGUAGGUAAUGACAGCGCGACCGCAUCGGUGGAAACGCUCUGCGAACCACCUUCUACGGUUGCAGACGCAGCCAAGAUAUAGAUCUGCAGUGUUCAUUCACGUUGUAAAUAUUCAGUAAAUGACAUUAUAAAUUGUGAUAUUUUUACUUCUAGUCAAGUCUGAUGAUGUAUGCUUAAAUUAAUAAAAGUAUAAGUUGAAUUA